CAUAAAUGCGCGUCGCUUGCAUUUUUUCGAUGGCAUUUUUCGCUUGAUAUAGAUUACAGUUUUGUAUGCGGUUGUUUAAAUAACAUUUUUUAAGACAAAAUCAAUAUGCCGCCGCCACGUGAUCCAAUUAGUGUGCGUACAACGCGUCUUAACAAUCUAAUACUCGGUAAAGGAUUUGGCGCGGUACAAAAACCUUCAUCAGGCGCCUCAAGACGCAGCAUUGUGCCCGUAAACACCACAAGUGCAGCUGUCGCAGAGGCGAUCUGUCGGGAGGGAUUGCUGGACGCAUUUUGCCUCUUGUACAAUGAGUGCGACAAGGAGACACUAAAGAAACGAGAUCGCAAUAUAGCCGAGUUUGUUAGUAAAUUUCGACCCAUUGUUGAGGAGACACGGCAGCUACGUGUUAAUGCUGAUGAUUUUGUCAUUAAGGCCCUCAUCGGCAAAGGAUAUUUUGGCAAUGUGCAUUUGGUGGUUGAGCGUCAAACAUCUGAUGUUUAUGCCAUGAAAAAGAUCAAGAAAUCGAUGGUGACCACCUCGCAGGUGGAACGUGACAUCAUGUCCAGACGCAACUCCGAAUGGCUAACAAAUUUACAGUACGCCUUUCAGGAUAACGACAACUUGUAUUUGAUCAUGGAGUAUCUACCAGGAGGCGAUCUUCUUAGCUUAAUGUCACGCCACGGACCCUUUGACGAGGAUCUGGUGCGCUUCUAUUUAUCCGAGCUGACCUUGGCUCUCCACACGCUGCACGUUAUGGGAUUCGUUCAUCGCGAUAUAAAGCCGGAGAAUAUUCUAAUUGAUCGCUUUGGUCACAUCAAGUUGGCCGACUUUGGUAAUGCUGCUGCAUUGGAUCGGGAUGGUCACGUUUUAAGCCUGUCACCCGUUGGCACACCAGACUACAUCGCUCCGGAAUUGCUGCAAACUAUAUCCACUUAUAAACUAUCAAAAUCCAUGCAUGACGUCAGCUGUGAUUACUGGUCAAUGGGCAUUAUUGGCUAUGAGCUCAUCUGUGAGAUUACACCAUUCCAUGAGGAUAACGUGCACGAGACGUACUCCAAGAUACUUUCCCACUGCGAGGAGAGCCAAAAUCGACUGAAGGAGAUUAUUAACUUCCCCAGCGAUUUGAAAAUUUCGAGCAACUUGAAGAAUCUCAUUAGUUCGUUGGUAACCAACCCAACGAAUCGUCUUUCAUAUGAACAAAUCGUAAAGCAUCCAUUCUUUGAGACCAUCAAGUGGAGCACAGUUCGUUCACAGGUUCCUCCCAUAAUACCCACAAUCAAGUCGGAUGACGAUAUCUCCAAUUUUGAGGACGGAAUUCGGCACAAAGCGCGCAGAGAACAACAAACGAAAAAGUCGCUGACUUCGAAUAUGAAAUCAAAUGAUUUUAGUGGCAAGGAUUUGCCUUUCAUUGGCUACAGUUUUGUGCAUUUGGAAAAUGAUUGCAUUUCAUCCGAAGAUUCAGACACAUCACGCUCUGCCAAACUGCAGGAGAAACUGAGGAGUCUGCAACAAAAGCUGAAAUCAAAUGAAACUGAAAUUUUAAUGCUAAAACAGGAUUUGCUGAGGGCACAACAGGCUCUCAAAAAGACAGAUAGUAAAUCGCAGGUUGUACUUGAGGCCAAAGUCGAAAUCAAAAAGUUGCAGCAAAUCAUUAAGGAGAAAACAAUGGAAUUGACCAGCUGCAAAACUCAAAUUAAAACACUGCAAAGUUCAGCCAAAAUCGACGAGGAAAUGUGGUCAAAGAAAGAAGCCACAAUCACGGACUUGUUGCGUCUAAACCGACAAAAGUACGAGGAGGCAAAGAUCGCCUCGGAGCAGAGAUAUGAGAAACAGCUGGCAGAAAAGAAACAAGAGCUCGUCUGCACCACACAGAAGCUGGAGGCACGUGAAUUGGAGUUCCUGGCAAAGAUUGACGAAUGUAAACAUUUGGCAGACAAGCUGGACAAUUACAAGGAGAUGUUAAAGCAACUAAAGGAGCAAAGUCUCAAGUCCGAGUCAAAUCACGAGCAGCAGAGAAAUCAGUUAAGGGAAUCCUAUGAGCAAAAGGUCUUGGAACUGCGCCAAAAGCUACGCGAGUCACAGGACACACAUCGUCGCAUGACCUUGGAACUGCAGGACAUUCGCACAGAGCUCGACGAAUCAAUAAGUUCUGGAAAAUCAACGCAAGAAGCUAAACAUGCCUCAGAGCGUAGCAUUGAAGACAUUUUACAGCGUCUCAACUGCGAAAUAUCCGCAAAUAAUGAACUGCAUGCAAGUAAAGCGUCGUUAGAAUCGCAGCUAAAUGAUAUGAAAAAGGAAUUCCAAGAGGUGCAGGCAGAAUGUCAACGCCUGGAACGUGAACUGCAGCUGGCUGAAUGUCGCUGCAAUCUUGCAGAAUCGUCGCUGGCAUCUCAAGUAUCUCCCUAUGAAACAGCACCAGGUUCCCUAACGGAGCUGCAUGUAAUUGAGGAUCAAUUACGCGCUGAUUUGGAGGCCGCCAAGGAAGGUGAAUGCUUGCAAAAAACACGCGCCGAUCAGCUACAGGAGCUGGUUAAAAAGCUGGAGAAGAUGCUGGAGCGCUUCAACGAACAGAGUCUCUCGCCAAUGAAGUCACAUUCGGGACAUGGCAACAAUGCUGUGGGCGACAUGCUCGAGCGCCAGAAUGAGAAACUGGAGGACAAAUUGUCUGCUGUGCGGGAGCAAAUGAUUGUGGAGAGGCAGGCAGCACGAACAGCAAAUCUAUCGCUCUGGAAAGUGGAGAAGCAACUGGAGGAGGCGCUGUCUGAAAAGAAAUUGCUUGCGCGGCGCAUGGAAUUAACAGAUGAUCGUGUGAAGAAAGCACACAAUGAACGGGACGAGGCGCAACGAGCGCUGAAAUCCGCCCAGGAAGAGUUCCGUCAACGAGAUGCGCGCAUUGAGGAACUGAAAGGCGAGUUGGCAACCAGCAAAAGGGAUGUAUUGAAGGAGCAUCGCAUGUGGGAGAAGGCCGAGCAGGAGCGCAUGAAGUGCAAGUCGGAGAUAAUUGAACAUUUGGCCAAUGUACACAGACUCGAGCAGCAGGCAACGGAGCUGCGCCAGAAACUGCAUCAGACUCAGCUCCGUUGCGAUGGCCUGGGAUUGGAGCAGAAGCGUCUGCAGCGAGAGCUCCAAGAGGAGCGCGAACGCUGUGCCACAGCCGGAGAAGGCACGCUGGCAUUGCAAGCAGAGAUUAAGCAGCUAACGGAUAACUUCCAGCGACUAAAGUAUGCUUGCAGCAUUACGGACAACCAGUUGACGGAAGUGGAGGCGAUGUUGGAGACGGAGCAGCAACGAAAUAAGACCCAGCAGUCGCAACUGGAAGCUUGCCAUGUUAAGCUGCGUGAGAGAAAUGAUCAACUGAGUGAAUUGCGCAAGGAUCUCUCAGUGCAAGAGUCCGCCAAGCGUCUGGCCGAGCAACGUGUUCAAAUUCUUACAGUUGAGCUUGAUGAGAUUAAACAGAACCUUCAGCAGCUACAGAUGAAAUUAAUCUCCCAGCAAGGACAGCUGGUUGAGCAGACAAACGCUCUCUUUGGUGCCCAGGAGCGCACGGAUCAGCUGGAGGCUCAAAGCGCCAAUUGUCAGACACAAAACACGGAGUACGAAAGAGAACUCUUCCAAUUAAAAGAGGAGAAUGCGCGUAUUCUAAGUGAUCUAUUCCAUAGCAAGGACGAGGUGUGUCAUCUGCAGGAUGAGCUGAAGAAAUUGCAAGAUGCUCAGUCCGGCCUACACAACGAAAUCGAUGAGCUGCAGAACACACUCCAGGAGAAGGAGCAGUUCUUUGUGCAGCGGGAUAUCAAGGCGAUGGCAACGUUGGCACAGCAUAAGAAGCUGAUUGAUUAUUUGCAGCUCAAGGUGGAAGACUUGUCGGCCAAGAAGAAGAAAACACUGGCUGAUAAAAUCUUUGGCUCCAGCAGCAAUUCCAAAGAAAACAUAUCGCCCAGCGACGUGGAGUCGUCUAUACUUUAUCGGGCUUUAAAGGAAGAACUGCGUCGGGAGCAAAAGCACUCCAAGACAUUGCAGGAACAAUUGGAGCAGCUAAAUGGCACUGCAAUUUUACGCUCUCCACGAAAGUCGGCUGCUUUAAAUGGCAACUUGGAAGAGAAGAAAUCGAGACCAGUGACCAUUGCCGACGUUCCGCGUUCCCCACUCAAAGAGCAGACGCCAUUGAAGCGUUCCACAAGUCAGUUGGCUACCAAGAGCAAGAUAAGAUCGCCGCAGAAAAAAGUUACGGAAAAUGAAAAGACGCAUCAUCGUUUUGAGUUGGCGCUGCAGGAAUCGAAAGUAGACACAUCCACGUGUCUGGCUUGUGAGCAACUGAUUAUAGUUGGUUCACCUUAUUGGCGCUGCAAGGAAUGCAAGGAGGUGGCACAUCGCAAGUGUCGCUCUAAUGUCAGCGAAGGUUGCGGAAGUAAAACUGCAGCAAAUGUUGAGGAAAACAGCGAGUCUCGAGCGGAAUCAAGUUGUGACAGCCACAGCAACAUUGUAGAGAGUGAGAACAGCUCCUCGAAUAGCGAUUAUAUUGGUACACUGGCAUAUAGUGGCGGUGUCCAGGACUCUGUGGAUGACGUUAUCGAAAUCAAUUGCGCCUUUGAGGUGGUUGAACAAAAGAUUAUUCUCUUUGGCUGCAACUCGGGACUGUUUGCUUACAAUGUGGAGACGCAGCGUUUGUUGCACAUUGCUGGAAUCGAGAGUGUUAGCUAUGUUUCAAUAUCGCCACGCUUAUCCAAGGCCAUCAUGGUUGGCGCAAAUGGGGAGAAACUUUAUCAAUGCGAUUAUCGACAAUUGGAGUCGCGUUGCCAAAGCGCCAUUCCCUGCCAGAAACCGUCCCUGGAGACGUCUGUAAUUGAGCUGCCGUUUGCCAAUCGUACCGCCAGCGAAAAGUGGAAACUUGUCCAGAUAUCAAAUGAAUCGGAAAAUGCCCUCGAUUCGGUGGCAAUUGCAGCAACCUCCUCACGCAUAGUUAUUCUCAAAUACGAUCUUAAGCUGCACAAAUUUAAGCCCCUGCGUGCACUUGACACUGCCACAUCAGUGACAUCGAUAUUCUAUACACGCCACUCGGCAAUCGUGAGCUCGGACAAGUUCUAUGAAAUCGAUCUGGAUAAUUAUGCGGCUGAGGAGUUUAUUGAUCUGGCGGAUAACACGUUGCAACACACGGCCAAGUGUCAGCCUUUUGUGGCAGUACGUAUUUCCCGCCAAGAGUUUCUGCUCUGCUUCGCCGAAUGUGGAGUCUUUGUGGAUGAGUUUGGAUGCCGUUCACGUCCCUACGACUUGAAUUGGAUAUAUGCUCCAACUGGAUUCAUCUAUCGUGAGCCGUUCCUCUAUGUAUCCCACUAUCAGUAUGUGCAGAUAAUACGACUGCAUCGCUCCUACAGCAAACAACUUGCCAACGGCAUUAACUCGGACAGCAGCGAGGCACCGGAAAUGCAGCGUCUCUACUUGCCCCAUUAUAUGCCCACUUUGCUGACUCCAAGUGGCGAUACAAAUGUCUAUACUUUAUCCAUAGAACAACAAGCUGGCAUUCAGCAGAUAUAUCAUCUGGAUGCUCUGCAGGCAUUUAAACAUAAGUUAAACGUGUCCAUGGAAACAAUAUCUUCAGUGGCCACAUCCGUUACACUCGGCUCCACAAUGACGACAGACAGCGUUUAAAUUACAAGCAUAAUUACAUAAAACACAAAUAUACAUAAAGUCUGACAAACAUGA